GGUGGAGGUGGGAGGUGGGGGGUGGUGCGGUCAAGAUUUCAUGAUCUGAAGCGAAACUUCCUGAAACGACUUGGAUCGGGAAUUGUGAUAAAGCCGAACGCUCUCAAAGGAAUUUAACGCAACCGAAAACACGCGCACACACACACACACACACACCCACACACACACGUUUGGGAUCAGGACCGAAUGAUUUAACGGAAGGACAGAAAUGCUGAUAUUUGUUUUUAUACUGUGUGGCUUCACUUUUUGUGGACUGUGUGUGUGUGAGAGAGACACACAAAUCUCCCAGCAGGUAGAGGACAGAAAUGCAGUGUUUACGGAAGAGCAGGAGGCCAAUACGUUUUUAGGACGCCACCUGCUGUACAACCGAUUCGACUUUGAAAUCUUCACUCCCGGGAAUUUGGAGAGAGAGUGUAUCGAGGAAGUGUGCAACUACGAGGAGGCGCGCGAGGUUUUCGAAAAUAUUCCAGACACAGACACUUUCUGGAAACAGUAUACACAGGGUCCUCAGGAUAAAGGGCAAAAGAUCGAUGUGACCGCUCUGUUAGUGGGCCUCAUCGCAGGUGGAGUGGCCAUCAUCAUAGUGGGCCUCCUGGUCUGGUAUACCUGCCAGAACAGUUGCAGAAAUAAGCCCAUUAGGCCCCGUUCGAGACGCAGUAAUGCCUCUGUGAUCAUUAGGAGGCUGGAGGAGGUAUCGCUGCACCCUAUCCCUGCUCCUCCUUUAUCAGAUGACAUGGAAGCACACGGUCUCCCCUCGUACGAGCAGGCCAUCGCUAUAACUGGACCACACGAUGCUCCACCACCACCAUAUCCUGGGUCGAGACCAGGCACCAUUCGACGAUAACCCAAAUCCGUCAAAGCUGGAGCGGGUGUUUUUUGUAUUUAAACCAGAAACUGUAAUUUGUUUAUUUCAGAAUCUCUUAUAGAGCUGGCUUGGUUAUUAAUAAUGUACUGCUUUGACACUAAUUAUAAAGUUGACAUGUAUCAGUUUAAUUUAUCUAGCGUUUUGAACGCUUCAUUGCUUCUACAUUUUGCAGUGCUGCAAACGUAGUUAGUUAGUUGGCCAGGUCAUUUCAGUUUACACUUGUGAACGAAGCACACUAAGAUUACACUAAAUGCAAAUAGUCUAUAAUGCAGAUGAAGGAAAAUGGUGAAAGUUUUUAUGAAGAAGUUUGUGAAUACUGCAAUAGACCUCAGUUUUAUUUCCCAGUAACACUGACCUACCAAACCAUACCAGCUUUACCUCGUUUACCUCUCUAUUUGAUGAUGGUUGUAGAUAUGUUCAUAAUUAAUGACUAAAUAUUUCUUUAUUUUGUUAAUUAUGUCUAUUUUUUUUGUCCUGCUGUUAAAUGUGGAAACACAGUUCAGAUCACUGUUCUGUUCAUUGAGAUUAAUGCAGCUCUUUUUCUUCUAGAGAAAAAUGAUGUGGUUUUGGGGGAAAUACGAUGGUCAAACCAAGUCUUCUCCUUGUAGCUUUGCUUUUAAAGUUUUGAUAAUUCAGUCACUUUGCCACAAUAAAUAGAGCAUUUAUUUAUGUUUAACAUAAAGUAAUUAAUGAAAUAAAUUAACAUGAAAAUACUUUGUGUUUCAUGUAUACCAACACAUGACCCAAAUAAACUUUAUGGGUAUUUAUGAUUUAUUUUUUACGUUA